ACCUUUAGUUCCGACGAAAAAAGCAAAAACUUUUAGUUCUAUGCGUUGAUCAUCAUGGGUAACUAUGUUUCGUGCAUGUUAUCCACCCCUUUAAUCAAGAACAGAAAGGCGGCAAGAGUCGUGCUUCCGGGCGGGGAGCUUCGGCAGUUCAGGGAACCCGUGAAGGCGGCGGAGCUCAUGUUGGAGUGUCCGAGUUUCUUUGUCGUGAACUCCCAGGCUCUUCACAUAGGCAGGAGGUUUUCUGCGCUGGGUGCGGAUGAGGAAUUGGAGUUCGGGAACGUUUACAUCAUGUUUCCGAUGAAGAGGCUCAACUCAAUGGUGACUGCAGCUGACAUGGCUGUGCUUUUCAUGGCAGCCAAUUCUGCCGCCAAGCGGAUAUCAGGGGGGGAUGUUCGGAUCCAGCCGGCGUCUGGCGAGAGGGAAAGCUCGAACGAAGAUGAAAACGGAGGAUCGACAGUGGGUUUGGAAGGAAUUAAUGAGGGGUUUCUUCCGUCCCCGGAGAUGAAUUAUAGAUUAGCUGCUUGUAGAUCAAGGAAGCCUCAAUUGGAGACAAUAAAUGAAGAAUCGCUUCCUGUUGGCUCAAGAUGAUUAUGUUCGGUUAAUUUACUAAAAAUAGGAAGAUGAAAAUUGAGUUAAUUUUCUUUGUGUUUGUAUUUUUCUUUCAUUAUUUUCUGGUACAUACUAUUUUUCUUUCUUUUCUUUUAUUUUCUUUUCUUUUCCCUUUUUUUUUUUUGUAUAUACUAUUUUUCUUAAUAAGGUGAUAAAUACAUG